AUGGCAGAACAGUGGCGGGCCAUUGUGGAGCAGGAGCACUGGCAGUGCGACGACAAUGUCGAGUUGAAAGGAGACGUUGCUCGCAUUGCGAGGCUUCAGUACAGUGAAGCGCAACAACUGGGAGAGACUGAGGGCUUCACACGGAUUGUGCAUCUUCUCGAUCAACUGCUUCGACGGUGCGAGGCCGACAAAGUAUGGCGCCCAAGCUUUGAGAAGCUGAAGCUACACCACGUGCUCGAUGACCUGUGUUUGGACCCGCACACCCAGACGGAACUCCUCAAGGGCAUCGGAGGAUGCCUUCACGCAGACGUGGAGCGUGAAUGCGCGCAUCGCGAGGUGACCAUUGAUCUGCCUGGGAGGAGGUUGGCCCUCAAUCUACCGGAGGAUGUGAAGCCACCUCGCGUGCAGGAGCUGGUUGCAGAGAUCUGGAACUGCCAGCCAAGCCAAAUCCGCAUUGUCACUGAUGUCGGCCCCCACCGACCACUCCCGCAAGCCGACCUGCACAUGGUCAAGAAGCCGAUCGGGAGGAGGGGCUCGGUCAUGGAUUUCGCCAUGGAAAUGGACGCCUGGCCAGAGGACGACCUCAAACAAGAAUUGAUCGGCUUCAUUCAGAAUCUAGAUCAUCGGCCCCUCUCCAGCACGCCGGACCAGACGUGGGGCAGCUCCGGAGAGCUAGCCGCGAUGGUGGCGGAGAUCUCCGGCUUGCUACAGCCUCGGAUCACGAGGGGGCCGAAGAGCGACGUGCAGAGUGAGAUGUACGAAGAGAUACUGAACCUCUUGCGCGAUCACCUCAGAGACAAGCCGAGCACCACGCCGGCGCAGAUGUUGGAGGUGCUGAAGUCUUUCUGA